CGGGAGCGCCCGGGGCAGGUGCCUCCGGACCCCCCCCAGGCUGUCGCCGCCCGCCCAUGUGGCUGUGAGAGGAGGGGGCGGCCGGGCCCCCCCUGGGCCCCCCCUGGGCCCCCCCAGAACCGCCCAGGCUCCGCAGCAGCCCAGGCACCAUGAGAGGCACGGCCAGCGAGGGACACCCGGAGCCUGGGGGCCGCCCAGAGACCAACGCCCACCUGGGGUCCAUGACCCACCUGGGGUCUGAGACUCACCUGGGCUCCCAGGACCACCGAGAGACUAAAGCCCACCUGGGCUCUGAGACUCACCUGGGCCUCAAGCCCCACCUGGGCUCCCAGGACCACCCAGAGACCAACGCCCACCUGGGCUCCGUGACCCACCUGGGGUCUGAGACUCACCUGGGGUCCAUGACUCACCUGGACUCUGUGAUCUACCUGGGCCUCAAGCCCCACCUGGGCUCCCAGGACCACCCAGAGACCUACGCCCACCUGGGCUCUGUGAUUCACCUGGGCUCUGUGCCCUACCUGGGCUCUGAGCCCUACCUGGGCUCCAUGACUCACCUGGGCUCUGUGACUCACCUGGGCCUCAAGCCUCACCUGGGCUCCCAGGACCACCCAGAGACCAAAGCCCACCUGGGCUCCGUGGCCACCAGAGGAUCCAUGGCCAGCUGGAUCUCCACAUUCAGCCAGGAGCAUCGAGAGACCAAAGCCCACCUGGGCUCUGUGACUCACCUGGGCUCUGUGCCCCACCUGGGCUCCCAGGACCACCUGCAGACUGAAGCCCACCUGAGCUCUGUGCCCAACCAAAACUCCAUGGGCAGCCAGGACCGCUCCGAGCCCGGUGCCGGCGGUGGCUCCGUGGCGCUGUUGGACUCCAAGAUCCGCCAAGGCUCCGAGGAGCACCUGGGGACUCGGCUCAGCCAGGUGCCUGUGCCACACCUGGCGCCUGUGGCCACCCAGGAGAUGAAGGAGCGUCGGGAAUCCGCGGCCGGCCGAGGUUCUGUGGGUGACCAGGACCACCCCGAGCCCACCCCCCGCGUCCCGUUGGACUCUGAGCUCGCCCAGGGCUCAGUGGCUCGCUCACACCUGCAGGGCCACCAAGAGCCCGCCCCCCGCCCGGCCUCCGAGGACCCCCGAGAGCCCAAGGUCACCCAGGGCGCGGUGGCCACCCCGAAAGCCAAGGGUGACCAAGACCCCGUGGUGUGCUCAGACCCGAGGGUCCCCCGAGCCCCCCAGGACCACCAGGACAGCCAGGCCGGCCAAGAGCCCAAGCCCAGCCUGCCGGGCCUCAGGGUCCCUCAGGACACGGCGCCCAAGGGAGGCCACCAAGCCCACGUGGCCACCUGGGCCACCCCAGCGCCUCGCCCGCGUGCUCGAUCCCCGUCGGGCGCCCGGCUGGGGCUGGUGCUGCUGACGCUGGGGUCGCUGCUGCUGCCGUGCGCCCGCGGCUCGGCGCUGGAGUUCGGGGGCGCCCCGGGCCAGUGGGCGCGCUACGGCCGGUGGGCGCCGGCCGCGGGGGGCCAGCUCAGCUUCCGCCUCAAGACCAACGUGACGCGGGCGCUGCUGCUCUACCUCGACGACGGCGGCAACUGCGACUUCCUGGAGCUGCUGGUGGCCGAGGGCCGCUUGAGGCUGCGCUUCGCCAUCGCCUGCGCCGAGCCCGCCACGCUGGAGCCGCCGGCGCCGGUGAGCGACGGCCGCUGGCACGCGGUGCUGCUGACCCGGCACGCCCGGCACGCGGCGCUGGCCGUGGACGGCGAGGCUCGAGCGGCCGCCGUGCGCUCCAAGCGGCCCGAGAUGGCCGUGGCCAGCGAUCUCUUCGUUGGGGGGAUCCCGCCCGACGUGCGGCUCUCGGCGCUGACGCUCAGCACCGUCAAGUACGAGCCGCCGUUCCGCGGCUGGGUGGCCGACCUGCGGCUGGGCGACGCGCCGGCCGCGCUGCUGGGCGCCCAGGGGGUGCGGGGGGACGGCGACGAGCGCUGCGCCCACCACCCGCCCUGCGCCCACGGCGGCCGCUGCACCCUGCGCCGGGGGGAGCCCCGCUGCGACUGCGCCGGCACCGGCCACCGCGGGCCCUUCUGCGAGGAAGAGGAGGAACCCGCGGUGGAAGGUCCCGCCCACCUGCGAGUCACCGGCCAAGGGCCCGCUGAGGUCGCCGAGGGGGGGCCCAGCCGCGGCGCCGGCGAGAUCCAACAGGCGGCGAAAGGCCGCGCCGAGUACGUGGCCACGUUCCGGGGCAGCGAGUUCUUCUGCUACGACGUGUCGCGCUCUCCGGUGCAGAGCAGCGCGGACGAGCUGGCGCUGGCGUUCCGCACGCGGCAGCGCCACGGGCUCCUGCUGCACACCGGCCGCGCCGCCGACUUCCUCAACCUGUCGCUCAAGGCCGGCGCCGUGUGGCUCGUGAUCAACCUGGGCGCCGGCGCCUUCGAGGCGCUGGUGGAGCCGGUGAACGGAAAGUUCCACGACGGCGGCUGGCACCACGUGCGCGUCACGCGCAACCUGCGGCAGCACGCAGGGAUCGGACACGCUAUGGUGACAAUCUCUGUGGACGGGAUCCUGACCACCACGGGCUACACGCAGGAGGAUUUCACCAUGCUGGGCUCCGACGAUUUCUUCUACGUGGGGGGGUCCCCGAACACCGCGGACCUGCCGGGGUCCCCCGUCAGCAACAACUUCAUGGGCUGCCUCAAGGACGUGGUUUACAAGAACAACGACUUCAAGCUGGAGCUGUCGCGGCUGGCGCAGGAAGGGGACGCGCGGGUGACGCUGCACGGGGCGCUGCUGUUCCACUGCGACCCCCCCCCGGCGCUGGACCCCGUCACCUUCGCCACCCCCCAGGCUCACCUGGCGCUGCCCACCUGGCACCCGGCGCGCUCCGGCUCCGUCUCCUUCGAUUUCCGCACCACGGAGCCCAACGGGGUCCUGCUGUUCGGGCAGGGACCCCCCCGGGACCCCCCGGCCGCCGCCCCCCGCGGGCCGCCCCCGCCGCCCCCCGAUUUUUUGGCGCUGGAGCUGCUGGACGGGCACCUGUACCUGCUGCUGGGCAUGGGCGCGGCCGGGCUGCGCCUCCGCGCCAGCGCCCGCAAGGUGACGGACGGAGAGUGGUGCCACGUGGAUGUGCAGCGCGACGGGAGAAAAGGCUCGGUGUCCGUCAACAGCCGCAGCACGCCCUUCCUGGCCAGCGGUGACCGCGACAUCCUGGACGUGGGGGCCGAGCUGUACCUGGGGGGGCUCCCCGAGGGUCGCCCCGGUCCCCCCGCGCCCCCCGAGCUCUGGGCCGCGGGGCUGCGCCUCGGCUUCGUGGGCUGCGUGCGGGAUUUGUUCGUGGACGGGCGGAGCCGCGACGUGCGGGCGCUUUUGGGGGCCGGGGGCGCCCCGGGGGUCGCCCCCCUGUGCGCCAGGGACCCCCCCCGACUCUGCGCCAGCGCGCCCUGUCGCAACGGGGGCACCUGUCGCGAGGGGUGGAACCGAUUCGUGUGCGACUGUCGCGGCACCGGGUACCUGGGACCGCGCUGCGAGACAGAGGCGGCCGUGCUCAGCUAUGACGGCAGCAUGUACCUGAAGGUGCAGGUGCCGGGCGAGCAGACCGAGGCCGAGGACGUGUCCCUGCGCUUCAUGUCCCCCCGCGCCUUCGGGCUCGUCCUCGCCACCACCUCGCGCCACUCGGCCGACACCCUGCGCCUCGAGCUGGACGGGGGGCGCAUGAAGCUCACCCUCAACCUGGACUGUGUCCGCGUGGGCUGUCACCCCAGCAAGGGCCCCGAGACGCUGUUCGCGGGGCAGCGGCUGGAUGACAACGAGUGGCACUCGGUGCGGGUGGCCCGGCGCGGGCGCAGCCUCCAGCUCGCCGUCGACAACGUCACCGUUGAAGGCCAGCUGUCGGGCUCCCACACCCGCCUGGAAUUCCACAACAUCGAGACCGGCAUCGUCACUGAGCGGCGCUUCCUGGCCGUGGUCCCGUCCAACUUCCUGGGCCACCUGAGCGGGCUCCUGUUCAACGGGCUGCCCUACCUGGACCUGUGCCGCGACGGCGACAUCAGCACCUGCGAGCUCAACGCGCGCUUCGGCCGCCGCGCCAUCGUGGCCGACCCGGUGGCUUUCGGUGGCCGCGGCUCCUUCGUGGCGUUGGCCACGCUCCAGGCCUUCGCCUCCUUCCACCUCUUCUUCCAGUUCAAGACCACGGCGCCCGACGGGCUCAUCCUGUUCAACGGCGGCAGCGGGUCUGAUUUCCUGGUGGUGGAGCUGGUGAAGGGGUACAUCCACUACGUGUUCGACCUGGGCGAGGGCCCCUCGCUCAUGAAGGGGAACUCGGAGCAGCCGCUGCACGACGGGCGCUGGCACGAGGUGGCCGUGGCCAGGGAGGGCGGAAACCUGCACGGGCUGCGCGUGGACGGGAGACCCGUGAGCCAGCACGGGCAGGGGGCCCGCGGGCUGCAGCUCAAAGGUGAGCUGUACGUCGGGGGGGUCAGCCCGGGGCUCCUGGGCCGCCUCCCGAGGCUCGUGGCCUCCCGGGGGGGAUUCCGGGGCUGUUUGGCCUCGCUGGACCUGAACGGGCGCCUGCCCGACCUGCUCGGGGACGCCCUGAGGCGCGUGGGGGACGUCAGGAGGGGCUGCGACGGCCCCAGCACGACGUGCGCCGAGGACUCGUGUGCCCACGGGGGCGUUUGCCUGCAGCAGUGGGACGGCUUCACCUGCGACUGCAGCAUGACGGCCUUCGGGGGGGCCGGCUGCGCCGAGCCGGGCACCACGUACAUUUUUGGCAAGGGGGGGGCCCUGAUCACCUACACGUGGCCCCCCAAUGACCGGCCCAGCACCCGCGCCGACCGCCUGGCCCUGGGCUUCAGCACCCGGCAGCGCGACGCGGUUCUGCUGCGGGUGGAGAGCGCGGCCGGGCUCGGCGACUUCCUGCAGCUCCACAUUGUGCAGGGGGCCGUGGGGGUCCUGUUCAACGUGGGCACCGAGGACAUCGCGCUGGAGGAGCGGGGGGCGGCCGUCAGCGACGGGCGCUUCCACGUCGUGCGCUUCACGCGCAGCGGCGGCAACGCCACGCUCCAGGUGGACGGCGGCCCCCUGCACGAGAGAUACCCGCCAGGCAGCGGGGACAGCGAGCGGCUGGCGCUGGCGCGGCAGCGCAUCCCCUUCCCUGGGCGGGUGGUCGAUGAGUGGCUGCUCGACAAAGGCCGCCAGCUGACCAUCUUCAACAGCCAGGCGCGCGUGCGGGUGGGGGGCCGGGCCGGCCGCCCCUUCCAGGGGCAGCUCUCGGGGCUCUACUACAACGGGCUGAAGCUGCUGGCCCUGGCGGCCGAGGGCCACCCCCGCGUGCGCCUCGAGGGCGACCUGCGGCUCGUGGGGGACCCCCCCCCGCCCCCCGCGCCCCCCGGCGCCACCCCCGCGCCCCCCGACAUGGCCACCACCAUCAUGGAGACCACCACCACCAUGGCCACGACCACCACCCGCCGCGGGCGCUCGCCCACCCUGCGCGACACCGUCGCCCAGAACACGGACGAUCUGCUGGUGGCCUCGGCCGAGUGUCCGAGCGAUGACGAGGACCUGGAGGAGUGUGAGCCGGGCACAGCCUCACACACAGGUCCCCGAAGCCGCCGCCCCCCCGGCGCGGUGGAGGUGGUGCGGGAGGCGGGCGGCACCACCGGCAUGGUGGUCGGCAUCGUGGCGGCCGCCGCGCUCUGCAUCCUCAUCCUGCUCUACGCCAUGUACAAGUACCGCAACCGCGACGAGGGCUCCUACCAGGUGGACCAGAGCCGCCACUACAUCGGGGCAGCCCCCUCGGCUCCCGGCGGGACCCCCAAGGAGAAAGCGGCGCCCGCGCCCCCCAAAGCGCCGGGCAAAGCGCGGCGCAACAAGGACAAGGAGUAUUACGUGUGAGGGGGGGGUCUCCGCGCGUGUCCCCCGAGCCCCCCCCUCCUGUCACCCCCGGGGGGAUGUUGUCACCUGUCCGCCCCCCCGCCCCG